AUGGCGGCAGCGACGUGGACGAAGUCACCGCCGCUGGACCCUCGCGUCCUGGCAAAUGUAGUGACAUCGUACGAUGGGGAGACACUGCAUGUUCCGGAGUGCGAUGUACCAGUGUAUCAUGGUAAGGGAAGACUGGAGUUCAAGACGGGAUUCACGUACAAUGGAGAUUUUGUUCAUGGUCGAAUGCAUGGUAUUGGACGCAUUGAGUGGCACACUAGUGGUGUGGUGUAUGAAGGGGAGUUUACUCAUAAUGAGAUCACUGGACGAGGAACCUACUGGUGGCCCAACGGCAGUUCGUACGUCGGAGACGUCAAGUGUGGCAAGCGACAUGGCCACGGGGUUUUCGUUACUGGAGACCGCGGUGUUGUCUUAAAGCAAGAGAAAGGUAAUGGAGCAAAUCAGGAAGCGAUGGUGGAAGCGGAAGAGGCUCCGAAGCCGCUUCUGUUUGCCUUUCAUUCUCAAGAAGACCAAGGUGAAGGUGGUGAAGGUCUGAGUGAGACUAAGGGUGGAGAUGGUCUAUUCGUUGCGCAGAGUAAUGCUCGUUAUGACGGUGAAUGGGAGAAUGGUCUGCCUCAUGGUUACGGAGAGUUGGUGUUCGAUGCUGCACGUAAUAUUCGUUACGAGGGGCAAUUCGUUGAGGGGAAGCGAGAAGGUAGAGGACACAUGCACUACGCGGACGGAAGUGUGUAUGCGGGAAACUGGAAAGCUGACGUCAAGUGUGGACAAGGAGUAAUGACUUGGAUGACUUCGCGAGGUACAGAUGAACUGACGAGUCUCGGCGAUGCUACGCCACUUGAGCGGUACGACGGCGAGUGGGAGAACGACUGCCAACAAGGCUUUGGGAGGCAUGUGUGGCUUGUGAGUCCACUUAACACAUCGAGCAAGAAUGGACUUUCAGCCUCCAGUAACCCACACGACAAGAACUGGUAUGAGGGAGAGUUCCACGAGGGGCUACGCCAUGGACGUGGCGUAUUCUUCUACGCCAACGGCGCUCGGUAUGAGGGUGAAUGGAAAUCGAACGUCAAAGAUGGAUACGGUCUCUUCUUCUACGAGGACGGACGUGUAUUUGUUGGACUAUUUCGACAGGAUCGAAGCAUUGAAGGCUCCUACGCGACGGCAGCAACCGCAGGGGCUACAUCUUCUUCUUCUGUACCCUCUAUCGAAUCUACAUCAGCACUGUCACCGUCCCAACCACUUUCGUCUUCCUCGAACACUGCUGGAAUUAUGCUGUAUAUCAAUGAUUUACUCCCGAUUACGGAUAUACCAAGGCGCGAGAAGGCCCGAAAGGCUGUCGAGCACGCCGCACUACGCGUUAACACGGAGCUGCGUGCACUCUAUCGCGAGUGUAUUAAGGAAUCUCGUCGCUCAUUAGCUUCCACUUCUAAUGAUCCGGAUGAUACAGGGAUUCUUCUUGAACUCUUCGAGUGUCGACAGCUUCUUUCCCAAUGCGGCUUCUACUUUACCAGCGGACAACUCGAAACGUUCAUGCAAGAUAUCCGUAAGGCGCAGCGAGCGAGUGCUCUUGCCUGUGCGUCUUCGAUGAACAUCGCAGAGUGUUUUCUCGAAGACUUACCUGCUGAAAACCACCUCAAACACCCUCUAGAUCCAAGUCGACUCGAAGUCAUACCUUGGGACGAACUGCUGCUCUUCAGAGAGUUUGUUGAGCUCCUAGUUCGCAUCGGGUACUCUUGGGUUACGACUGCAGAGGCAGAUGGCAUGAUCGAGCUCUCAGGGAGUAUCGACAGUACCGUGUUUCUUGUGGACGUUUUCUCCGAUCUGUACGACCAAAUGAUGCGUGAGCGUCAAGAAGCACUAAAUCAAAGUUCCUCAACGUGGCUAUCACUUCUACGAGCAGAGCUGAUGGGCAAGAAACUUCACAACAUUUUCACCAAGCACCACGAUCAUCUUCAAAUACUAUACAACAGUUGUACAACAACUUCAGUACUGCGGCUAGAUGAAGACAUAUCCGAGCAGGAAUCCGAACAGGAGCCGAUAGACAAAGGCGAACCAGAGGUAUCCAUUCGAUCUGUACUCAUCAUGCUUCGUAACGAGCCUCCAGUCGAUACACCGAUCUUUACGUCGGAAUUCCAGAUCCGAGAUGCACUUUCAGCACUAAACAGAGCGUUUGCAGCGUCAUCGCCGCCACUGAAACCUGAGCUUCUUAGGAGCGUCGCGUCUGGAUCAAGCUCGGAAGACAACCAGGUUAGCGAGCCGGAUGCAUUCUUUAUGAGCACGAAGCUGGUAUUCUCGGAGUUCUUGGACGCGAUCGCUACUGUGCUUUUCGCGAAACAGAACAUGGUGGCAAACAAACGUCAGACACCUCAAGAAUUUCCUCUGUACGUGCUGGUGGACCAAUUCAUGCAGUCACUGAAGGUGGAAGGUCAUCGCGUAGUAUAA